AUGGGGAAGACAAGAGAUCUCUAUAAGAAAAUUAGAGAAAUUAAAGGAAAAUUCCAGGCAAAAAUUGGAAUGAUAAAAGAUAGAAACGGGAAACAUCUGAGUGAAGCAGAGGAUGUUAAAGAAAGAUGGGCAGAAUAUGUAGAAGACCUAUACAAGAGAGAACUACAUAAUGACGGGACUCCUACUGCUGAUGUUAAUGUUAAUUUAGAACUGGAGCCAGAUAUUUUGGAGAGCGAUAUCCAGUGGGCCCUUGAAAAUAUAGCUGAUAACAAAACUAGUGGACAUGACGAAAUACCAGCAGAAUUGGAUACGGAGUUUAUACCUUGA